UCCGCCCCCUCACUGCUGAUAGGCCAGUAGGCUUUAUGGUCAGCCCAAUCCCCCAACGUGUCAAAACAUAAACACUAGCUACACAACUUUGUGAACAACUCCAGCUAUUUCACAAGGCAGUACCAACUUGUGGCCCUGAAAAUAUGACUGAAAGUUUAUCACCUUCUAAAAGUUCACUGUCCACUCGCUAACUGGCCAGUCGUAGUCAGGCAUUAAUUGGCCAGACCAGUGGGGUGCUUAGUGGCUGGGGAGGCCGUGGCCCUCAUUAUCUGUGCCUGUGUGACGGGCAUUGGCAGAGCCCACAGCAGUGUGCCCUCUGAUGCCCGCUGAAUGGCUGCUGUCAUGCGGACGGUGCAGUGGCAAAAAGGCUCCGGUUCCCACUGCCAAGACAGAACCGCCGCGUUGCCUCACCGGACUAUUAAACAGCAGCCAUGGAUGCAGUUAUCAAAGCACUCAGUAGGAGAUUUGGUUACUUCCUCAAAGGACAGUAUAAGUUUGCUGGUGCGGCAUAAAAGACAUUUGAAGCGAAACAUUUACUAUGAAAGUAAACAAAGCAUUAGCAGACUUAUCUCUGUUUGGUGUGUUUUGACAACUGUAGGGUUUAUGCCAUCAAUCCUCAAUUCUAAUUAGGAUAGAAAGCAGGAAGUUAAACAAGGAGACAGCCUGCAUCAUAUUUCAGUCUUGCUGCAACAUUGACCUCAGGAAACAGGCAGAGUCAAAAUGAUUUCCCCUACUCAUCAGUGCUAGAAACAUACCCUGUUUGUCUGCAUGCACCAUAAUAAACAUUUUUAAUUAGUGCUUUAGAAAAGUUUUAUUUAUCUCCUUUGUCAUGAUGCUCCUUUAAAAGACUCCUUAAGAGGCUCCUUUGAAAAAUGUCUUUAAUUAUCAAUAGCCUUCAAUUGUCCGAUCAAUGUGUGAGUGCUUCUGUGUGUGUGUGUGUGUGAGUGUGCCUUGGUAAUUGUGUUGAUAAUCUGCUGUGAUAUCUAUGGGCUGUGCAAUAACGGCCAGAUUGUGUUCACAUAAGCCAGCGUGUGUGUGGGUUGGCCAUGCUGGUGGCCCAGAAUGACCCCCCGUCUGUUAGGCCCGGCCGGGCCGCUCUCCGCCUUCUGCUUCUGUGCUCCAGAUGCAUGGCAUAUUGUUAUCAGUGUUUAGACCAGCCCGCGCGCGGGUGGGCCAGCAGUGGACCUAUCCUGUGAUGUUGGUGUGUGUGUGUGUGUUUGUGUGUGUCUGUGUCUGUGUCUGUGUCUGUGUGUGUGUGUGUCUGUGUCUGUGUGUGUGUCUGUGUCUGUGUCUGUGUCUGUGUCUAUCUGUCCGCUACGUUGUGAAAUUUGUCUUUGCAUGCAACAUGUUAAACCAUCAAUAAUUAACAUGCAAGGGUGGGCUGUGUCAGUGGUCUCACAAGCACUCAGGUGCUCACUCACGCUCCCUCCCCUCUGCCUGGAGCGAUAUGGCAGCCUACUGUAGCUUGGGCCUCUCUGAAGUGUUAGUUUGGAUCCAUUGGCUGGAAGUUCUGUGCAUUGCAGUAUUUCACUUGGUUACCUCAUCCAAAACAACAAAGCAAGGAAGUGCCACACCCUCAUACAUUUGGUGUAUAUGAGCCAAGCCAAAUGGAAAAUUGUUUAUAUUCCUGGUAGCCGUUCCUAUAAAUACAUCCCAGUGUAAUAUUUACUGUAUGUUCAGCUGAACUGUGCUGAUAACCAGACGUGGAGAAGCAGAAGACAGGUUGUCUGUGGUCUGUGCUCCAUUCCAUGUCUGUCAGUGCCACAGUGUCAUGAGCAGUGCUAGCGCUAGCGUGUGCUAGCCCGUCUCCCAUGCUGGAUCCCCCCAUGCUGGAAGCCCGCUGCAUGCCUUCUCCACCCUCUUCUCUUCUCCACUUUCCCAGGCCUGGCAUGGGAUCAUCAUUAUCUUUGGAUCUGAGUGUGUGGCCAAGUGAAGUGGAGCCGUUAACAGACCUUUAGAGAGUUUAUUUGUUCGAGCCGCUGAAUCGUGAAUUUAUUUUAACUCCCUAAACAGGUAUUUACUCGCCUGGAGCAAAAGGUUAAGUAAUUUUACGACGCCUCUGCAGGGUAAUCAAUUUCGACUUAACCUUUAAGAAUUGGACAACAAACAAACCUUCCGGCACGCUGAAACCCUCCUGCUCCGUUAUCAGUCAGGGUGUGCCAGUCAAGGUUUGAAGGAAGGGGGUGCUUUGCUCCUUAUGUAUUAAAAGGACCGUACACACACACAGCACCUCCCCCCUCCUCUACAGUGCCAAGCAGUGCCCCUCUCACGAGCCACAGAGUGGCGGGCUGGAGGAAUGUGGGUGUGGAUGCCUGCAGGCUCGUCAGACGCCCCUCUGUUUUAUUCCCUUUGUACCAGCACGGCUCCCUCUGGGCCUUGUGUGUAAGCCAUGGGGACUCAUCCCACCCACCAGCCUGCCCUCGUCAGCAGCCCCUUUACAGCGCAUGCCAGCUUCAUAGCAUACCAUUACUAUGACAAUAGUGCCUGCAGGUGGAUUCAUUAUACAUGGGCUGGGGAGAGAGGUGCGGCACCCAUUCUCUGAUGUCUCCCUCUUCUGCUCGUCGUGCCCAGCGGUGGUGUACGAUGGGGGGGGGGGGCAGUAAUUAGCCUGUGGUAAUUAGCUAACGUGUACGGGAGAGGCCUCCACUCCCCUCUGGUCCCCACCAGCUACUCUGUCUAAUGGAGAUGGAGAUUUAAUGGAAGCAGUCAGGUAGCUGUGAGCAUACAGCAUCAGUACGUCUGGUUUCUUUGGGAGGGUUUCACUGAGGACCGAAUCUGCAGUGUUUGUCUUGGAUUAGUGUGUGAUGGGUUUGGCUUGUAUCACCUUGGAGUGUUUUGUGAGGGCUUUUUUUUGUGGCUCGGGCAUCUGUUUUAAGUUUAAGGCUGGUGGAAGCCGUCAGUGGAUACCAUAAACAGAUACCCUGUUUCUGUCUGUUCAAAGAGAUUGGUUACAGGCCAGCUGGCUAUUUCUCAUUGCGCGGUGUAGAUUUCAAGAGAAGAGAGAUGGGUACGGUGGCCAUAUGUGACCCCCUUUCCCUCUGAUGCUCUUAUUAUAUCAACCAAUGCUAUCAAACUAUCCCAUCAGCUUCUCAUACUGGAGACCUCAACAGUAUUCAAUGGUGAAACGAAUUGUUGAAACCAAGUCACUGACUUAAUACACCAUAAAGGACUACGCAGCAGAUUGUGUUCAUGCUCAAUGAAAUUUUAGAACUGUACAUUGCUUUUCUUUAGUGCCUAGAAAUAGAAUUUCCUACAUGCAAACCUUGCCUCAGGCUACCUUCUGUUAGCAUAGCAGAAAUCAUAACAACAGAAAAAUCAUUGAAGAAUGCUGUGUGCUCUACUGUGCUGCAGGUACAGUAUAUCCUAUAUAAGGAGACAUGUGUGGGGUAUAGAGGAUCUGCCUCCGAGACCAGCCCCUGGCACCCUAACUUCACCCUUGUGCUGUCGCGUGUGUAGUGUUGUGUUCUGGUGUGCUGUUCCUUGCUCCUUGCCAGCUUGCUGUUUGUAGCGCUAAUGGUGUAACAGUCCCUCCAAUUAACACCCCACAGAGUUGGUCACAAACUACCAGCGACCCCAAAAGGGCCACAGGAUCUGUCUGGUUUACUCUCGGGUUUGCUAUGAAACUUCUUUUGACUUUUGGCCAAUGAUGACUCCUCUUCUUCUGUUCAACUCAACUCACUGUGUUUCUCUCGUUCCCUACUGGCGGAUUGCCCCCCCUCCCCCCCUCCUCCUGGUGGCACCUGGUGGGGGCACUUUUGGGAGCGCGCCCGUCUCUCCUGGAGGCCUCCCCGAGACACUCAGGCGCCCUCUUGCAUGAAUAGGCCACCCAUACAGGGAUGCGCUCGUACAUUUACAAUAAGAACUCUGUGAUUGGCUCGCAGGCCGAGCAUGGGGGCAUGCGCACCUACUACUUCAGCGCCGACACCCAGGAGGACAUGAACGGCUGGAUCAGAGCCAUGAACCAGGCAGCGCUCAUGCAGAGCCAUGGCGUCAAGAGAGAGGUCGAGAGGCCAGAGAAGCUAGAGCAACAGGCAGUCCCGCAGACCAAUCAUGUCAACAGCUGCAGCAAGAGCUCCUCCCAGCCCGAGAGCCUCUACCAGCCAGCGGAGCGGGGGGAGGGACCCAGCAAGGACGUGGAGCGGGCAGAGGCACAGGCCCAGGCCAGGGUGGAGGUGGAAGGGCUCUCGCCGGACUCGGUGGCCCCCUCGCGGCCCUCCUCCACCCUGCCGUCCACCCACCGUAACGGCCUCCCCCCAGGCCCCGGGGCGCUGGCCCCCGAGCAGAACGGCGGCGUGGUGUACAAGAGGGCCCCGGUGCAGCGCGCCCACACGGAGAAGCAGGUGCAGAGGAAGACUGCGCUGGCCCAGGUGGAGCACUGGGUCAAAGUGCAGAAAGGAGACCCCAAGAGCCAUCCCUCCACAGACUACAGCCUCCCCCGGCGGACGCCUCCUCUGCAGCCCAAGGCCAGCAUGGUGGAGGCCUACCAGUCGUUGCCAAAGACCCUCCGUCUCCCCUCCUCUGGGGGCUCCCCACCGACGCCCCGCAACCUGCCCAGCGACUACAAGUACGCCCAGGACCGCCUGAGCCACUUCCGCAUGAGCACGGACGAGCGGCUGGCGAGCCGCGAGGGCAUGGUGUGGCAGCUGUACGAGUGGCAGCAGCGGCAGCAGUUCCGGCACGGCAGCCCCACGGCGCCCAUCUACACGGGGCCCGACUACCUGGACACGGCCGGCGCCUCCUUCCGCGUGACGCUGGAGGUGCCGCGCUCCAUCUCCGUGCCGCCGUCGCCCUGCGAGGUACCCCCGUCCGCGCCCUCCUCCAAGCCGCUGUCGCCGCGGAGACCGCACACGCCCUCCGACCGGGUGACAGUGCGGCCGCUCAACGAGGUCCCGCUCGCCGACCACCCGUUUCUCUGCUCCCCGCGACGCACGUGCUCACAGCUCUCCAAGACUGCACAAAUAGAGAGACGAUCAGUGCCAACCAUGGGCUACAUCACCCAUACGGUCAGCGCACCAAGCUUGCAUGGGAAAACGCCGGAGGAGCUCACCCUGCUCCUCAUCCAGCUCAGGAGGCAUCAGGCCAAGAUGGCGGGCGUGCGCAGCGACACGCUCGCGCACCUCCACCACCACCACCACCAGCAGCACAAUGGCCUCUCCAGCCUGCAGGCCGAUGAUACUUACAUGCAGCUGAAGAAGGACCUGGAGUAUCUAGACCUGAAGAUGAAAAGUAUUGAACAACUGAUCGUUUUGGUUUGCAAUAGCAUACAAAAGUCCUCUCACGGUUUGGGCUCCGUUCUGAAUGUCACCGGUCGUGAAACGCUAAAAGACAGACCAGCACGGCCCGUUAAAAUAGCUGAAAGUGACAUUGAUGUGAAGCUGAGCAGAUUAUGUGAACAGGACAAGAUCCUUCAAGAGUUGGAGAUGAGGAUUCGUACCCUAAAGGAGGAUAAGGACAAGCUGGAGUCGGUGCUGGAUGUGUCCCAUCAGCAGAUGGAGCAGUACCGCGACCAGCCCGCUCACGCCGAGAAGAUCGCCUACCAGCAGAGGCUGCUGCAGGAGGACGUGGUGCACAUCCGUGCUGAGAUUUCACAGCUCUCCACGGAGAUGGAGAACGCCUGGAGUGAGUACAGCCGUCUGGAGGUGGAUGUGGACCGGCUCAGGUCGGCCCUGCAGGAGCAGAUGAGCCGCUGCUCCAUCACUCAGCAAGAGAAAGCUCAGUUGAGGAAGGAGCUGUGGCGGAUAGAGGAUGUGAUGGCUGGCUUGAGCUCCAGCAAAGCCAACUACAAAAUCACAGUCGACUCAGUGCAGAACCCAGAGCGGAAACUUGUGCCUUCAGUGUCCUCCUCAGUGCCUUCCCUCUCGGCGAGCCCGUCGGCAGGGCAGCUGAAGUCUCUUCCGCACAGCCCCUCCCAGCCUACCCAGCAGCCCGCUGGCCUGCACGCUGCACACAAACCAAAUUGGGCUGAGGAGGGUGCUCCACCACGGCCUCCUCUUCCUCAGCUCUACAGCCCUGAUGAGCACCCCCCUGAAGUGCCCCCUCUGCCCAAGGAGUCGUCCGUCAUCAGGCACACUUCUGUCCGAGGCCUCAAGCGCCAGUCCGACGAGCGCAAGAGAGACCGCGAGAUCGGGCAGUUCUCCAACGGAGACAAGGUGGAGCUGCGGGCGUUUCUCAGCGAGCCAGAGCUGAGGGGGGUCAGUGGGGUGCAGGGGGCCUCAGCGCUGACCAGCGGAUACCAGACCCUGCCCAGCAGAGGAGUAACAGGCUCCUCCUCGCGACUGAAUCAGUCCACCAACAUUUCAUCUUAUGUCACCCUGAGAAGAGGAGCAUCGGCGCCAGGCUUGAAGGAGAGACCAAAGAGCGCUCUGGAGCGUCUGUACUCGGGAGACCCUGCGCUGCAGCGGGGUCGCAUGAGCGCCGAGGAGCAGCUGGAGCGCAUGAAACGCCACCAGAAGGCGUUGGUGCGCGAGCGCAAGCGCACCCUCAGCCAGGGCGAGCGGCACGCCUCGGCCUCUGCCUCCGUGGCCUCCUCCCCGGCCGCCACCGGUCCCCGGUCCGGCUCGUCCGCGUCCGGAGCGACCACCCCGCGACCCGUCUCAGCUGACCUGGGAUCAUGGAAGCGCGAGCAGGAGUUUGACCUGCAGCUGCUGGAGCGUGCGGUGCAGGGAGAGGAGCGUCCGCCGGAGCACCGGGAGAGACCGCGCUCCCAGUCGGACGAAUGGCUCACCCUGUGCUCCAUGAAGGAGCUGGACCUGGAGCCAGUGGACUACACUGUGGACCUGAGCAAAGAGUUGUCCAAGCCCAAGAAGGUAGAGAUCCCGGAGCGCUACGUGGACCUGGAGCCCGAGGAGCCGAUCAGCCCUCAGGAGCUGGAGGCCCGCCACCGCAAAGUGCAGCGCAUCAAGAGCAUCCUGGCCAAGUCCAGUGUCCAGAACAUACCCCCCACGGUGGUGGUGGAUAAGUGUGAGCUCCCGGACCUGGACUCUGCAUUGCAGGAGCAGGAGAGGAUCAUCACCAUGUCCUACGCUCUCGCCUCCGAAGCCUCCCUCAAGAGCAAGCAGGUGGCAGCUCCUCAGCAGGCUAACGACGCCGCUGACUCCCCAACGCCCUUCUCCCCUCUUCUUCCUCCUCCCCCUCCUCCUCCUCUCCCGCCCCCCACCGCCUCCUCUGAGGCACCUCCUCCUCCUCCCCCUCCCCUCAGCAAUGGAUUUCACUACACCUUUGUCUAAUCAGAGCAAAUAAAACCAAAGCUGUAUUUGGACACUGAUGUGGUGCUGACAGCUCCCCUCCUGGACUGCUGUGGACAGACAGACUGUGUAAUCGGCGUAGCUUGGCUUCCCCAUCUCCAUUCACCCCCCAGUAGACGAACACUAGUGCACACGGGGAAGGGCAGACAUGGCUAAAUGCAGCAUAACUCAUUUAAUGAUGCAUUAUUUUGUCAUAGACCAUGAAGUUAUUAUUUUGUAUAGCAAACAGAAGUCAUUGCUGUGGAGACUGCUGUGCAUAUAUUAACUUGGGAAAUGUCUAACAAUGGUAAUCUUACAAUAGGAAAAAGAAAAAUACAUUUUAUACAUGUUAUUGCACUUUUAACACUCUACUGUAUCAUAGUGAGAAACUGAUACUGAGCUGAUCUAUUUUAUUUCUCAGAGAGAGAAAAGACGUGUUCUGUGUUGCAGUGAAAUCUGAGUUUCAGAAGGAAAGAUGCAAUAGAGUGUAGAGCAAAUGUAAAAGUAUUAUGCAUCUGGGAGAUUUGAAGAAAUGACAUGCGGUACAGUAAUAAUUGUGUCAAAUGUUGAUUGUAUUUUUUAUCAACUCAGAUGAUAUUCUUACACCAAAUCACUUGAAAUAUUAUUUUUGUGUAUCUAGCACUGCCAGUUUCCUCUUAGCUUGCCAAAAGGAUUUUUAUUUUUGCCUACAACAUCUUGGAAACUAUAACCUUUAACAAUAUUUUCUGAAAAAAAGAGGAAAAAAAACUGUGGAAGGGGCAGACAUUUUUUUAAGAAACAUGUAAAUAUUAAAAUACAUUAACAAGUUA